UUUCCUGCUCGCAACCCGGAAGAAUACCGCCCCAGCACGCUGUUCUUGACCAUCCUCGGCACGCGCACGCGGCCAGCGGCAUUCUGGUUCCCCGGAGCCAGCGGGAAGGCACCUCUACGGCGACUGGCGUCAAGAAAGGGGAACGGACGCCUCGCCCCAACAAACAACCCCACGUUCUUCCUAAAUUCCUCGGUUCCUCCGCGUCCUUCCCCCCACGCCGCGGCACGAUGAUACAGCUCCUCUUCUCGCUGCUAGCGGCGGAGGGCGCCGUGGCGGCGACACUACUCUUCAAGACGCCGCUGCGGAGGCUGUCCGUGGUCGCGCUCGACCGCCUCAAGCAGGGCCGUGGGCCCGUCAUGGUGCGCACCAUCGCGGCCACCGUGCUUGUCGUGCUCGCAUCCAGCCUCCACAGCAUGACCAAGAUCCGCAGCCGCGCCGAUGGGGAGCUCGACGGCGCCGGGAUCGUGGGGCUCACUCCCACCGACCAGGUCCUUCUUGCGCGACACGUCCUCGAGGCCUCGCUCAUGGGAUACUCCUUAUUCCUUGCUUUAGUCAUUGACCGGCUCCACAACUAUGUCAAAGAAAAUCGAAGGCUCAGGAAGAAAUUGGAAGAGGUGUCAAAACAGAAUGAGACAAUGCUGGAAGCAACACAUGGGCCAAAAGAGAGCAAGCUGGACCAGAAAGAUAUUUUCGAUGCCAAGGAUAAUUAAGUAUGACAUGCGCUCAAGAGGCUCCUGCCAUCACUGCUUAUGUCUGAAUAGGAUGCCGGUCACUGAUAAUCUCCCAUCUGAGAAUUAGCAUUUGUACAUGAAUGCUCGGUUACAACGUGCUGAAUCUCUUACAGCAGGCAUCUGGCUGGCCUAGCGCUGGGUGAUGCCCAUCUGUAAAUACAUGAUGCUACUGCUUUAAACUAAAUAUAAUGUUAGUCGUGUCCUCGUGUGGCCAAAUUUCAUAAUGCUACCAUGUCGGUAUUGUUCUCAGUAUCCAAUGUAACGCUGGUACUGUGAGAACUAAAGACUGAAGAUUGUGUUUCUGCCUGAGCAAUGCAUUUCUGUGUAGCACAUGGACCUGUAUUGGCUGGGUCUUGCAAUGUGAAGUGCCACCCUGACCAAGUCUCUG